AUGAAAGUGAGUUCUCCGUAUUUUACAGGGGUAGUACUUGACGAAAUCAGCGUCAAAGAUACAGUAGUCAAUCCCAGUCUCCUGCGCGUCAUGCGGAUCUUCAGAAUCGCCAGGCUACUAAGAGUGCUUGAAUUUGCCAAAGGAAUUCGGCAGCUUCUUGUUGCACUGAUGAUCUCACUGCCGGCAUUAUUCAACAUCGGCACUUUGUUAUUUUUGGUCAUUUUCAUCUACGCCAUCAUAGGCAUGUCGGCUUUCGGUCGAGUCAAGAAGCAAGGAAAUCUGGAUAACAUCGUAAAUUUUGAAACGUUUGGGAGUUCCAUGAUGCUGCUGUUCCGUCUCUCCACUGGCUCGGGCUGGAAUGACGUCAUGAGUUCAUUGUCGCUUCAACCACCGGACUGCGACCCAAAUUACGAAGGCUUUCCAAAAGGGAACUGUGGUUCUCCUCUCGGAGCUGCCAGCUACCUCAUCAGCUACAUCGUUAUCGUGUUUAUGAUCAUUGUCAACAUGUAUAUCGCUGUAAUUCUUGAAAACGUCAACCGCGCUCACGAAAACGACGAUUUUGCCAUAACGAAAGAAGAUUUUGACAGGUAUUAUCUUAAAUGGGCUGCCUUUGUUCCAAAUGGAAAGCAAUUCAUUCCUCUAAGUCAACUAUCGGACUUUGUGGACGCGCUGGAUAAACCAUUCAGGCAUCCCAAACCUAACGACGAGCGGUUGCGACAAUUAGAUAUCACCAUACGAGCCGGCGAACUCAUUCACUGCUUUGAUCUGCUCAAGGCGCUCGUGCGGUGCAUUCUGGAAGAGCACGGCGAGUCGCCAGAUGUGUUCCAGGAUAUUACAGUCAGAAUGGAAGCACAGUUUACAAAGUCUUUAGGAAGGAAGCAUUCCAUCGCUGUCCUUGGCUCCACGCAAACAAAAUUUCAAUGCGGUGAGCAAACUGAAGUGGUAUAAAACAAAGGAUUAAAUGGCAUCAAGGGGAAAGGCGAUAAAUCAAGAAUGUUUGGAGCUGUUUGGGUGCUUACCUUAAAUAUGAGUCAUUGAGAAACAGAGCAAGGCUUGUGGAUGGUCUUUUUAAGAAACCAAGUUCUGGACAUGCCCCAGAGACUGCUACAAAAUCCUCACAAUAAUGGCGACUAUGCUGAUUUUUCCAGAGGAAUGAAAUCGAUAACAGUUAGGCCUGAUUUAUUUUAGAAGCAGAAGCCAAUGUUAGCUCUUAAAGAAAGAUUGAAAUUUUAAACAGUGUUGAAUAUAUUGCUCGUAAUUGAUAACUACAGUAUUUCCAGUUAACCGGGAAAGAUGGUUUCUUUCUAAGUGGGCAAUCAAUAUUAUUUGCGUUUUUCCCCAUUUGUUAGCAGCCACUUUCGUUUUGUUAUGUUGGAAGCAUAAUACAAAUUAUUUUGCAAGGUUAUUGCCCACGCCUCCUUACACAUUUUUCUUUGCACUUAAGCGUUAAAAUAAUAAAGACCUCGGAAUAAAUUUCGACAUCCGGACCUCGCACUAGGUCAAUAACUUGUUGUAGUUCAUAAGUGGAGAAAAUCAUUUUUGAAGAACCCCGAGUGAAUCUCUGCAUCCGGUUCCUGAGCUUGGUCAAUAAUCUUUUUGUAAGGCUUUUGACCCUCACUCCUCCCCUCGGGGACGUUUUUCCCUCUUUCUCGCUGUUUUUUCGACUCUUUGCUUGAGCUAUAUUUUACGUCCCAUAUCUUAGUUCCGCCUACUGUGCACUGAGCUAAUGUUUUGUAGUAGUAACUUAGACCUUUGUUCUUCAUAUGUUCAAGAAAUUGUGUCGACUUUAUGUUGUAUAAAGUAAUGUCAUAAUGACUUAAUUCAUAACUGUCCUAUCGGUCAGUAUGUAUUACAGCUGGCAUCUUUACAGGUAACUUCAUUUUCAAGGUCUUCCUGUCCACUUGGGAAUGACUCUUGAGGAAGUUUUACAAAGAGGAAGUUAAGUUAUAAAUGACAAGUUGUUACGAUUAUUCGUUGCUAUUUUUAUCGGUGCAUACAGCUUUCCCUCCCCGGCCAGGUCACGGCUAGUAUUUGCGAAACGGAAAUGGUGCUAAAUUCUACCGAGGACGAAAGUGGGGAAACAUACGAACAAAUGUAUUGCGCUGUAGAUUCGACUGGUGAAUUGAAUUACCAGGGACGUGCCUUUCAGCGGUGAACAUUUUCUGUCCAUGAGCAAUUAUUACAGUUAUUGGGCGUACCCACAAUGGGCGACAAAAGUCUUGAGAGAGCUUGGAGAGCUUAAGGCAAAUUUUCCCCUCAACUCUACGAAACUACCCCCUCCCUGCCCCACUUCCUGUAUCUAAAACUUGGCUCUUUCCUGAACAACAUUGAAAAGGGGGAGAGGGUGUGGUUCCCAAUGUAAACCGAAUUUGAAAUGGAAUAAGUGAAAUAUUUAAAUUAGCACUCGUUGCAAUCAACUAUCUCAACUACUUCUGUCGCUCGUUACGGAUCCUAGCGUUUUCUUAUCUCCCCUACCUCUGCAAAACAACAACAACAACAAAAAGCAAACCACUAGCGCCUUCGACUCUUGAUUAAUUUACCCCCCUCCCCCCCUGAAGCGAACAUAUGUGAUUUUAAUGUUCUUCUGGGAUUUCCUUCCUGCCCUUGACACAGUGUAUUUUUUCUAUUACCACGUAACUUUGUGGAUCAGCUACGCAGUUUUAUCACUGCGUCGCAAUAAUCGCAAUCUUCUCUUACACAAUAGCUUUUCUGUCUCUACGUCAUUAUCAAUUACGUAAUCUCCACAACUAGCUGUUUCAGGACAUAUCCUCUCUAGUCCACACUAUGCCAGAGAAAUAUGAAAACGGCGGUCUUUACUCUUAAAACAUCUCAAAUGUUUUACGUGCACACUACGUCAGAGAAAAUUGAAAAUGCAACAAACAUCGAUGACGGAAACCCUUGAAUGCAGUGUUGCUCCCGCCAUUUCGGACGCCAUUUUGGAUUUAU